AAAUAAUAUAAUGAAUCCAGGCCAGAAUAAAGCUUUGGGUGUAUUUGAGCAUGAGCAGAUUGUGUUCAGGUUUCCUGAAUGUCAAGAAACUAAUUCAUGGGAUACAUACUCUAUCGAUUGUAAUUCUGGCCUCGAUUUGUUUAAGAAAAGUGAUGAUAGCUCCUUCAAGAGUGGGAUAAAUUCGAAAUCUAGAUGUGAAGAUAGCUUUGGUUUUAAAGAUCAAGCAAUAUACCAGCCACUAGAGUUUAAAGAGCAUUCUGACGAAAGCCAAGCCUUACUUGAAGAAGAGAAGUCUUGAUUCCCAAAGAUUGGAUCCAAAACGACUGGUGGCCUUCAACUUUGAAACAUACCUGAAAAAGGGAAUAAAAUUAUACAAAAUCCUAUCCCGAUUGCUGACCACCUUGAAACUGAUGAUGGGCAAAGAUCCUCUGAUACGAGGUGCUCUGGUGGUAAAGUUAGCCAAUAUAGGUCUUAUUUCUUGGAAGUAUUGGAUAAAGAAUUUUUCGAUAAAUUAUAUGCCAGACAAAUUUCAUCCAAUAGAAGAAGAGGGAGACCAAGAAAGCUCAAGAAUACCGACCCAGAAGUCAUCUGGAGGGAAGUCUUGGGCAAUCUUACUAGUAAAGCUAACAAAAGGGAAGACAUCCAAAGAACUGAUUCUAAAAAUACCUCUGUGUACAGAGAUGCCAAAAGGGUCGUUGAUCAUAUUCUCAAAUAUUUUGAAUCAAAGUGAAGAUACAAAUCAGCCAAUCUGAAACUAGUUAUUGAGUCUUACGCUGAAGCAUUUAUAAUAGGCUUUGUGCCUACAGUGUUUGGGGGUCAGACUCCUCGAAACAAAGUCAGAACUUUUUGUGAAUUUAUAAUUUUGGGUUUUUCUCAAAAGAAAGUGAAACAAAUUAUUUCAAAAGUUGCUGAAGCUGGCUUGCUGUCAAUUGAGGAAUGAGAGAUUUUAAAUCUUCAAUUGAAGAAGCGCAAGGACACAUCAAAAGCCAACUUCCAGAAACUAGUAAAAGAAAAUUCAUGAUUUCGCAGAAUAAUUUUGGAAUUAUUGUCUAAGCCUAGCUACUCUGACAUGAAAGACCCAGAAAAGUAUAUGAACAUUUUGGAAGCUAUUUUAGAUCCCUAGUUGUACUCAAGAAUAUCUAAAAGAGCAAGAUGGGUCACGCAGUCUCUCUGAUUCCUCACUAAGCUGCCAAGUUUAUCCUUCACCCAAGUUCAAAACAAUAAAAUUAUUUCUUAUAAAAUGGAUG